AUGCAAGUGGGCGACGACUCCUCUUUUGACGAAGAGGGUAGUCAAAACAAUCUGCGUACUUUAAAUGAUAGGCUUCGAAUACUUACAAAUGAAAAUAAAGCACUAACGGAACGAAAUAAAGAAUUAGAGGAUAAAUUAGUCAAUCAAAGAGAAGAAUUCUUAGAAAUCUCACGUACUAACCAAAGACUUCAAACAAAGAAUCAAGGACUUGAAAUGAAAGUCGAAUCUCUUGAAUCUAAAGUCAAAGCUUUAAAUGAAGAGAUGCAAACUGGAUCUUCUUUUAUUAAAAAGCGCGAUUUAGAAAUAGCUGACUUAAAAGCUCGUAUAAGAGCAAUUGAAUCCUUAGGUUUAAAGCAUCGUCAAGAUUUUAUUACGUAUUUAGCAGAAAAAAAGAAGCUUUCUGAUCAAAAUUUGCAAUUACAAGCACAUAUCAAAGAUUUAGAUACUGCUAUUCAAGAUUUAAUACAACAAAACCAACAAAUUUCGAAAUCUUUAUCAAAUGCACAAGAGCAAAAUAGGCAAUUACAAAUUGAAAUUGAUCAAGAACAAAGAAUGGUCAUGAUUCUUGAGCAAGAAGUUUCAAAAGCUCGAAAUCUUGAUAAAACAUUGAGUCAAACACAGCAAAGAGAUCUAGGAUCAAUGCAAUCACUUGCUGACGUUCAGAAGCAGCUUAUUAUAUCUAGAAAUCAAGUCAAAGAACUACAGAUUAAGUGUGAAAAAUUGCAACAAUUUGAAGAAAAGGCUGCAAAACUUGAAAUCACAGUUCAACAGUAUAGAAAGCAUGUACAGAAGCUUAAGAAGGAAAUUGAAGAUAAAGAAAUGGAAUUAGAGCCAUAUCGCGACAGAUCAGAAAGAUUUGUCUUCCAAAUUGAUGAGUUACGUGAAAAGAAUCGUAUAACAACAGAAUAUGCUGAAAAGCAAAUACAAAUGCUUAAUGACGAGAUCAUUCAACAGUCGAAACGAAUUGAUGAAAUCACAAAUGAUAAUGUAAACAAGGAAAUUGAAGUAGAAAAUAUAAAGAAGGAGAAUGAAGAACUUAGAAAUCAGAUCACCAAUUAUGAAAAUGGUACAAUUGGCCUUGCAGAAGCUGCUGCUCAAGCUAGACAAUUAAAGACUUUAGUUUCCGUUAGAGAUGCUUUCAUUGCUGACCUUGUAAAUCAGAUCAAUAUAUUUGAAAGAAUCAUUGUAACAAUAGAACCAUACUUACCUCCAAACUUUGACUUCAACGCAUUUUAUAAUGAAGUAUUAGAAAACCAAGCUCAUGAUAUUCAGCGUAGAACUGAACGUAAAGCACUUGAAAUCCUUCAAGCAACCCUCGCACAGCAUAAAAACAAGCCAAUUAGUGAAGUUAAGAUCGUUGUUGGCGGAGAUGGCGGUAAACAGAGGGCUACAGUCUUCUCAAAGCCUGGAGGCUUCAGUAGGACCAAUACUCAAGAGAUUGAUUCUGAUUCUUACGAUGAAGAAGAAUCUGAUUAUGAUUAUGAGGAAGAUAGUCAAGAUAACGAGCCAUCGCUUGCUGAUAAAGUUAAAGGAUCGAAGCUUAUGCGUGUAAUGAGCUUCACAAAAGAUAAACCACAGCAAAAGACAAUGAAUAUCACUGAAGGACAAGUUACUCCAAGAAAAGGUGACGGACAAGCAAAGAAACAGACUAAGACUAAAGCAGUUCAAACAGAUCCUGUCGAGCCAUUUGAUCCAUACGAACAUCCUCCAUUUAGUAAAGAAGACAUGGAUGAAUGGGCAAGAACUUUACAAGAGAAGUAUAUCGAAUUAAAAGAAUUACUUCGUCGGUUGAAGAGCGAAAACAACCAACUUAAAGAACAGAAUGAUCUUUAUUCGAAGCAGAAUGCUGAUUUGACAUUGAAGAAUAGUGAUCUUAAUCAAGAACUCAAUGCACUAUCUAAAGAUCAAAACAAUAGAAAUUCUGGAACACAAAAUAUCAACAGAACUCCAAAGAGUGCAAAACUUACUCAAACAGAAGGUUUGUUCCUUUCUUUGGAUAUCUCAAGACCUGUGUUUUACUCGAAGUUCGAUACUAUUGGACCAUUAGUUGUUGCAGGUGAAUUAGCUUAUCCAAGUGAUGAUUUGAUGUUUGUUUUGUCUCAACGUGAAAUUGAUGAAAAUAAUUUACUCGAUAACUUGAAGCAAUUAAACAUCAAACUAUCACAUGAUGUCGAUGAACUUAAGCGCCAGAAUAAUGAAAAAGAUAAUAGAAUUGCAGACUUAGAGAAUCUUCUUAAAGAGAGCCAAAGAACAAUCGAACUACUCCAGAAGAAACUCGAAGAUCAACGUGCAGCAUUUAAAGAGAAAUUCAUCAAUCUCAAGAAUGAAGCUGAUAGAUAUGUUGAACAAAGAGUUAAAGACGCGUUAGACUUGAGAGCUGUUCAAGAACAAAAUGGAGGGCAUUUCGGAAGAGAUGAUUUGGGAGAUGUAGCUUUGGAAUUGAAGAGAAAGAAUGCAAAGAUCCAAGAAUUGACAGAUUUGUUGAAAGAUAAAGAUGACGCAAUAAGAAUGGCUGAAGCUCAAAGAGAUGCAGCACUUAAGAAACUGAAUGAAACAUCACAAUCAUUUAGUGAAUCAACAACAACUGUUAAUGAUGAUAAAGCAAAUCCGUCAACAACAGCUGCUGAAUUUAAUAGCGAACUGAAGUUGAGAUAUACUAAACUUCAGAAGAAAUACAACGCAUUGCUUAAAGAAUAUAACUUGCUAAAGAAGCAGAAGAAUGAAGGAACAUUUUCAAGUACAGAUAAAUCAUCAUCUAAUGAGGAUAUAUUCCAAAAGGAAAUGGCAAAGAUGAAGCAAAUAAAGGCCAGGGCUGUUGCUGCUGAGCAAAAGAAUGAAGAGUUAACUCUGUUAUUAAAGAAGGCAAAUCAGACAAUCGCUCAAUUGAACGAAUUGUUGCAAAGAAAGGAAGCCAAACUUGACAGAUUACAAGAGCAAGUUUCACAGCUUAAACAGCAGAAUACUGCAUUGAUACAGAAGCAAUAA